AUGCAGUUUCUCCCGUCGAUCAAAGAACUCAUCUUGGCAUAUGCCUUCACAGCUACCACUCUCGAGAACUCAACGACAGACUUCCAGAGCAGAUGCUUAUCCUUUCAGCCUCUCAACUUCAUCUCAAAUGCAAGCAUACGGGUACAAGAAUAUGUACCUGCUGGAACCGUCAUCACAGAAGCCCACCAUGAACCAGAUUGCCUGACCGAGGCAUCGCAAACAGUCUCCGUCAACAUGUGCCGAAUCGCGAUGAAUAUCACCACAUCCCCGAGCUCUUUCAUAGUCUUCGAAGCUUGGUUUCCAGAUGCUUACAAUGAUAGACUAUUCACAGUCGGCACAUCUGGCAUGGGAGGUUGCAUCCGAUACAUCGAUCUCGAUUUCGGCGUCGGGCACAGUUUUGCAACCGUGGCAUCUAAUAAUGGACACGAGGGCAACCGGGCAGAAGUAUUUUACAACCAUUCUGAAGUCUUAGAGGACUUCUCGUGGCGCGCACUACAUACAACCACACAAGCUGGGAAAAGGCUCGUACCAGAGUUCUACUCAAAUACGAUUAACAAGUCCUACUUCAGUGGCUGUUCAGGAGCUGGUCGUCAAGGCAUCAAAGCAGCAGAAAUGUGGCCGGAAGAUUACGAUGGAAUCAUUGUCGGUGCUCCAGCAGAAAACUACAACAACAUGCAAUCCUGGGUCCUCUCAUUCUAUGGAAAAACUGGAGACAAAAGUUCACCAGACUUCAUAGACGCAGGAACAUGGACAGGACUCAUCCAUACCGAGAUCCUUAAUCAAUGCGACCUUAUGGACGGUGUUGCAGAUGGCAUUAUUGAAGAUCCGACACUCUGCAACUUCAGACCCGAAGCCCUGAUCUGCGAAGGCGGCAAGAUUGAAUCCUGCUUGACAAGCGCACAAGUUGAGAUCGUCCGCAACGUCUUCAGUCCCCUCUACGGCUACGAUGGCAAACUUGUCUUCCCCGCCAUGCAACCAGGCAGCGAAGAAAUGGCAGUAAGCAAACUAUACACCGGAGUUCCCUACGAUUAUGCAUUCGAUUGGUUCAGAUACGUAGUCUACGCAGACCCCAACUACACAACAUCCGAAUUUGGCGUAUCCUCCAUGGCUAAAGCAGCCUCACUCGACCCCUUCAACAUUUCCUCCUCACCCGACACCCUCUCACCAUUCGUCUCCUCUCCUCACAACGGCAAAAUGAUCCUCUGGCACGGCCAAGCAGACCAAGAAAUAACCUCCUUCGAAUCAGAGCGCUGGUACAACAAACUAUCGCGCGGCAUGAACCUCACAUCCUCCUCCAUGGAUUCCUUCAUCCGCUUCUUCCGCAUCAGCGGAGUGUGGCACUGUAGGGGCGGAGCGGGAGCUUGGAUGAUUGGACAGGAGACGGAAGGAGAGCCUAUUUAUGACAGGAAGAAUAGUGUGUUGAAGGCGUUGGUGGAUUGGGUUGAGGAGGGGGUGCCACCUGAGACUAUUACGGGGACGAAGUUUGUGAAUGAUGAUCCGAAUCAAGGAAUCGAGAGGACGAGGAGACAUUGUAGGUAUCCGUACCGGAAUACAUAUUUGGGAAAUGGAUUGGACGGGAAUGAUGCCGAUAGCUGGGAAUGUAGGAUGCCGGGACAGGGAACUGUGGUUGGGAGUGUGGUGCCGUGA